CUCGCCUGGACCGUGCACACGCAUCCCCAAUCUGGCAUCUUUGAACGUCCUCCUCCCCCAUUGCGCCUCGCACUCCCACUCAACACCCUGCAGAUCCAAGCCGCCAAGAUGAUGUUCUUCGCAUUUGGAAAUCUAAUCUACAGUACAACCCCCGUCUUCCCCUCCCUCCUUUGCCCAACUAACUCUACUCCUCCAGUCUCCGUCCUCCUCAUAAACGCCAUAGCUGUGUUGUCUGAAGAUCGAUUUCUCGCGCGCGUGGGAUGGUCGAAUACAGUUGCUGAGCCCGCGUUUGGUGGUGGUAGUGGUGGUGCCGGGAGCGAGAGUGUUAAGAAUAGGUUGAUUGGGUUGAUGACGAGUGUUAGGACUUUGAUGAGGAUACCGUUAAUAGGGAUCAACGUGACGAUUAUACUGUAUGAGCUGGCUUUGGGAUAA